AUGCAUUCUAGAAAGCGCAUAGCUCUCGAUCAACUCGAGGACGCCAGACCUUCUCCCAGUGGCAAGGCUUUCUACCCAGCCUCGUGCCUGAAGCCUGUCGCAAAGGACACCAAUCUGAGUCCACCCCCGAGCCCGACAUCGCCACGCAACUUCAAGACUCCUGUCGGGAUGGAGCGAAUAUUUGCACUUUCGCCAAAACCGACUGUAGUACUAGACAGAGAUCUACUCGUCGUUGUGGCCUCCGCCGCAUGUCUGAGACUAUUUAGCCUCGACUUGGUGAUCGGCAGACGUUUCCUCGACAUAAUUGACAAAGUUCUUGCUCCUACUGAUUUUGCCGUCACAGCAAGACUGCUACAAGAUGCUAUCCAGACCCGCGAGCCACAAAGGACCGAACCUCUGCUGGGCAGCAUGCUCCCGGGCUAUUGGCGAAUCGAAAUUGCGCCAAUAUACGACGGCGAUGAGCUGCUGUAUCUCGUUGUAGAAGCGCAAGAUGCCAGCGAAGAUGUGCAACGGCAGUUGCAACAUUACGCCCAAUUGUCGGCCGCCGAGACUUAUAAGAUCCUCGUCAGCACAUUAAGGGAUUAUGCCAUUUUCAUGCUCGACCCCUCAGGCUGCAUAGCAACAUGGAAUACUGGGGCUAUGCUUCUGAAACAAUACACGCAGGAGGAAAUCAUUGGCAGACAUUUCUCGACUUUUUACAGCGAAGAGGAUCGUAGGGCCAGAAAACCUGAGAGAGAGCUGGAAAUAGCUCUCCGAGAUGGUAAGGUGGAAGAUGAGGGUUGGCGCGUUAGGAAGGAUGGCUCGCGGUUUUGGGCGAACGUCAUUAUUACACCAGUGUAUCGUGAUGGAGAACUACGAGGCUACAGCAAAGUGACUAGGGACUUGACAGAACGAAAGGGGGCUGAAGCACGCUUAAUUGCUGCCUAUGAGGAAGCAUCCAAAAUGAAGUCGGAUUUCCUGGCCAACAUGAGCCACGAAAUUCGAACCCCUAUGCAUGGCAUGCUGUCUGCGCUGGGACUUCUCAAUGAGACCGACUUGACCAGGGAGCAAAGGGAACUGACGGAGAUCAUCGACGAGUCGGGCGCCAUACUUUUGCAAGUCAUCAACGACAUACUCGACUAUUCAAAGUUAAGCUCUGGGGCAUUCACGAUCAGCAAGGACGUUAUGAACAUGGCCGAAAUAGUUGCAGCUGUCCGGCGGAGUGUCAACAUCGGGUCAAAGAAAGACCUCCAGUGUGAGGUUGAGCUGGAUCAUCACCUGCCAACUUUUGUCCAAGGCGACCCUUUACGGUACCGGCAGCUCGUCCAGAAUCUAGUGUCCAACGCAAUCAAAUUCACAGAACGUGGCUAUGUACGUGUCAAGGUUGUAGUAGCCGACGAAGAUGACAUGUCAUAUGAGAUAAGGACUGAAGUGGUUGAUACUGGGAUAGGAGUCUCUCAAGAGGCUGAGAAUGUACUUUUUACGCCAUUUGCGCAACUGGACAACUCAUCUACGAAGAGGUACAAGGGCACUGGGUUGGGUCUUUCGAUUUGCAAGAGCUUGACGGAGUUGAUGGGCGGCACUAUCGGAUUCGCACGAAAUCCGGACCAGCAAGGAAGCAUAUUUCAUUUUACCUUGAACCUUAACAAGGUCGAUGUUGCUGUACCCCCCACCACGCGAGACGUCACGCUUCCCGAUCUCAGCUUAAAGGACUUGUCGGGCCACAAGCAGUUGCUUUUGGUGGAAGACAACGCCAUCAACCAGACAAUCAUGGUCCGACAAUUGCGAGCUUUCGGGUUCGAAAAGGUGGAUGUGGCCAGUGACGGCGCAGAAGCAGUCCGUUUGAUACAGGCGAAGCCACUGACCUACAGCUUAAUACUGAUGGAUAUUAGCAUGCCGGUCAUGGAUGGGGUCACAGCAACGAAGAAGAUUCGGUCUCUCGGACAUACUGUGCCAAUAAUCGCCAUGACAGCGAACGCACUCAAGGGCGACGAAGACACGUAUCUUGCAGAAGGUAUGAAUGACUAUGUGGCUAAACCUAUCGACAAACGGCUACUCACGAAUGCAUUGUUGCGUUGGUUACGAUGA